CUCAAACGUUAGCUGGCGCUCGACCGCGCGCGAUUGAUUUGUUGUGACUGACUAUAGUCAGACCAGAGCAAUCGUUUCAGAGAAAAUAACGUAGUCCGUUGGAAGUUGCCUGGCUCCGGAUCAACAAAUCUGAUUGAACGAGAUAAAGGUUUGGGAAUAAUGGCCUCCUUGGUAACCUGCCUCAGCACCCAUGUCCUUUACUAGUGUGUCUACCACUGAUGGCAAUGCUUCUGCUGUCAUGGCAACCCAGGCUUUAGAGCAAACUCUGUUGGCCUCAGACCGCUAUGCAAAGCUCAUCCUGGCCCAGAUGAACAAAAUGAGGCUUCACGCGGAUUUCUGUGAUGUGGGGCUGAGGGUCGGCAGCCGCGUCUUCAAAGUCCACCGUCUGGUCCUCGCCGCCAGCAGCCCGUACUUUUCUGCUCUUUUCUACGGGGGAAUGAGCGAAGUCGAUAAAGAGGAGGUGGAGAUUCUGGGAGUAGAUACUGACGUCUUUGAGGUUCUUCUGGACUUUGUCUACACAGGCACCAUCAGCGUGACUGUGGACAAUGUUCAAGAGUUGAUUUUAGCAGCGGAUAUGCUGCAGUGGAAUGAAAUAGUGUUCAUCUGUGGAGAGUUUCUCAAUGACCACAUAGAUCUAUCCAAUUGUGUGGGCAUCUUUCAGUUCCUGGACCACAUUGCCUGCAUGGAAACGUUGGAGUGCUCUGAGAACUUCAUCCAUGCUCACUUCCUGGAGGUUUGUAUCAGUGAUGACUUCAGGGGCCUCUCAAAGGAUCAGAUUGUAAAACUUAUAAGAAGUGAAGAGCUGAGAAUCGAGGAUGAGUACCAGGUGUUCACAGCAGUCAUGGACUGGGUUCUCCACGAUGUGGCGAAGAGAAGGAAGUAUGUCGUUGAGGUGUUGGAACCAGUCCGUUUCCCUCUACUUUCCCCAGAGACGCUGUUCAAGUACAUAGAGGGUAUUACCGACUUCAGCCUGCGGGUGGUACUGCAAACCCUUUUGAAGGAAUACAUGGAAGUCACCAAGUCUCCCAAAGACAUUAAGACGCACAAUCAGAUCCAGCAAGUCAAGAUUAGACCGAGAAGAAAAGCCAGGAAAUACCUAUAUGCUAUAGGAGGGUAUAAUCAGUUACAGUUAAGACGGUACAGUGACAUCCAGGCAUUAAGUUGCGUGGAGCGCUUUGACACCUUCAACCAGUGCUGGACCACAGUGCCGUCUCUGCACCAGGCCCGCAGCGAACUGGGGGCGGCGGUACUGGAGGGCAUGAUCUAUGUGGUGGGAGGAAGGAAAGACUCAAUGAUUUUUGACUGCACGGAGAGAUACGACCCAGUGACCAAACAGUGGGAUGCUGUAGCUUCUUUGAAUUUCCCUCGAUAUGGAUUUAGUGUCUGCCCCUGCCAUGGCGCUCUGUAUGCGCUUGGUGGCAAGAUGGGCUCUGAGAUCGGGAAGACGAUGGAACGUUACGACCCAGAGGAAAACAAGUGGGAGGUGAUAGGCAGCAUGACAAUUCCCCGCCACCACUUUGGUUGCUGCGAGAUGCAAGGUUGUAUUUAUGUCAUCGGCGGAAUCAGCAACGACAUGGAGCUGUACUCUGCAGAGAUGUACGAUCCCAUCACCCGUCGAUGGAGCGCCUUGCCAGUUAUGGUUACACGUCGAGCCUACUUGGGCGUGGCCUGCCUCGACAACUGUAUUUACGCUGUGGGCGGCUGGAACGAAGAACUCGGCAUUUUGAAGACCGUGGAGAAGUACUGUCCAGAGGAGGAGAAGUGGUUCGAGGUGGCCCCAAUGUCCACUCCACGCUCCGGGCUGUCCGUGUCCGCGGUUAAUGGGCUGCUGUACGCCGUCGGAGGAAGAUCCGCCAGUAACUUCUUAGACCCGAUUACUCUGGACUCUGUGGAGAUCUACGACCCUCGGCUGGAUACCUGGACGGAGGUGUAGCAGUGAUCUGUGCAGCAGGUAGAUCACUGCGUCGUCCACUCUGAUCCGAGGCCAGUAAGCAAACUGCAGGGGGUCCAGCUGAGUGCCCACCAGGGGUCGCAAGUGCUGCAGGAUAAUCCUCUCCAUGGUCUUCAUCAGGUGAGAGGUCAAGGCAACAGGCCUGAAGUGGUUAGGCUCCUUGGGACGCGGUGUCUUUGGUAUCGGGACCACACAGGAGGUCUUCCACAGGGCCGGGACUGUCUCCAGGCUCAGGCUGAGAUUGAACAAGUGCCUGAGAACUCCACAGAGCUGGUCAGCACAGUCCUUGAGGAUUCUAGGGCUGAUGCCGUCCGGUCCCGGUACCUUCCUUGCCUUGAUCUUCUUCAGCUGACU